UAAGAGAAAUGCCAUGGCGGCCGCGGUGCAAUUUAGCCAUAGCCCAAAAACUCGCAAUCCACGACAUAUACAUUUUCAUCCGCGACAUCGUUUUCAAAGUAGCCCAAUUGUGUGAAAACCGCGAACAUAGCAACACUGCUCCCAAGUCCCAACUUUGGCAGACAAGUUUCAUACUCUCGCGGAAGCUUGACAUCACUGACAUUAAACUGGAUCCCUUCUAGUGGUGACCCCUCACACUGUGAAAGCAGGGACGUACUCGUGAAAUUCUCCAAAUGUAUACUUGGUUCUUAAGCUUUAGGUAGGAGACACAUUUCCAGCUACCAAGAGAUCUGAGCGAAUUAUGGGCCUGACAGAAACUAAAGCAAAUAUUGCCGAAUGUCGGUUGUCAUAAUUGGCACUGUCCUCAAAUCAUGAAAAUGUUGAAUUUACAAUGAUUUGCAAGGGGCAGCACAUAGAUGGUACAGAAAUAGCUUUUAUUUCAGUAUGCAUUAAAUACUGCAGCCCCAUAUACUGUGGUUGGGCUAGAUAAGAGGCAAUGAGUGUGGAAUUUCUCGCGAUAAUCCUUGUUAAUUCCGGUCCGGUCGGUGUUGAAUGAUUCUGUAAAGAUGGCGGUCAGCAUCCGAGGCCGUCCGAGUCGAAGCAUUCGGAUGCGAGGUCGGAAUGACAGUGGGGAGGAAAAUGUACCACUCGAUCUCUCCAGAGAUCCUUCAGACAACCUUCGGGAAAUCCUUCAGAAUGUUGCCAAGCAACAAGGAGUCUCCAACAUGCGCAAACUCGGUCACCUGAACAACUUUAUAAAGCUUCUCUGCAAUGCAGGCCACUCAGAGGAGAAGCUUGGGUUCACACAUGAAGAGAUCGUCAUUUGGUGAUUCUUUCGAGAAAUGAAUCUUCAGUAGUGCUACAUAUACAUCUCCGGUUAGCACUGUUAAAUGAGGCUAAGGAGGUGCGAGCUGCAGGGCUGAGGGCUCUACGCUACCUGAUCAGAGACAGCGCUAUUCUCCAGAAGGUCCUCCGUCUUCAGGUGGACUACCUGAUCGCCAGGUGCAUAGACAUCCAGCAAAGCAAUGAGGUGGAAAGGACACAGGCUCUCAGGCUGGUGCGAAAGAUGAUCACAGUGAAUGCACUGCUCUUCCCCUCGUCUGUCACCAACUCCCUUAUUGCCGUGGGCAAAGAUGGGCUACAGGAGCGAGACCGCAUGGUGCGCGUCUGUAUCGCCAUCAUCUGUGAACUUGCUGUGAAGAACCCUGUGGUGGUGGCUCAGAGGAGUGGUCUCAGCACCAUUCUGAAGAACGUGAUCGACUGUCAGCUGAGCCGCAUCAACGAGGCACUCAUCACUACCAUCCUACACCUCCUCAACCACCCACACACACGCCAGUAUGUGCGCUCAGAUGUGGAGCUCGAGCAAAUCCUGGCCCCGUACACGGACUUUCACUACAGACACAAUGCAGACACAUCAGAGGGGCAACUCAAGGAAGACAGGGAAGCUCGAUUCCUGGCCAGUAAGAUGUCCAUAGUUGCAUCCUUUCGCUCCUGGUCAGGCAUCAUUAACCUGUGCAAGUCAGGCAACUCUGGAAUCCAGUCUCUUAUUGGCUUGCUAUGUAUACCAAAUGUGGAAGUAAGGAAAGGCUUGUUAGAGGUGAUGUAUGAAAUAUUCCGGCUCCCCAUGCCUGUCGCGACCGCAGACUUUAUUGAAGCACUUGUCAGUGUGGACCCCAGUAGGUUCCAAGACAGUUGGAGGUUAUCAGACGGCUUUGUGGCUUCUGAAGCAAAAUGUAUCCUUCCACAUCGAGCUCGGUCAAGGCCUGACCUAAUGGAUAACUACCUGGCGUUGGUACUGUCUGCCUUCAUCAAGAGUGGACUUCUUGAGGGUCUGAUUGAGGUUAUCACAAGCACCGACGACAACAACUCUGUGCGAGCCACCAUUCUACUGGGAGAACUACUUCACAUGGCCAACACCAUCCUCCCACACUCCCACAGCCACCACCUGCACUGUCUGCCCACACUCAUCCACAAGGCUGCCUCUUUCGACAUCGCCCAGGAGAAGAGACUACGGGCGAGUGCAGCAGUCAACUACCUGAAGCGCUUCCACGAGAAGAAGAAGAAAGGACCCAAACCCAACAGCCUGUACCUGGACCACAUCAUCCGCAAAUCAAAGUCUUCACACUACUGUAGAGACCAGCACUUUAGACCACAGAGAGAUAUCUUUGUCAUUAAGGACACUGAGGAUGCUCUCAUGAUGAACCUGAGAGACAGCCACAUCCUGAACCACAAAGAGAACCUGGACUGGAACUGGGUUCUCAUCGCAACAAUACUGAAGUGGCCCAACGUUAACCUGCGGAGCAAUAAAGAUGAACAAAUACACAAGUUUGUGCGCAGGCUGCUGUUCUUCUAUAAGCCCAGCAGUAAGCUGUAUGCCAGCCUGGAGCUGGACCACAGCAAAGCCAGGCAGCUCACUGUGGUGGGAUGCCAGUUCAUUGAGUUCCUCCUGGAGUCUGACGAGGAUGGGCAGGUGUACCUGGAGGACCUGGUGAAGGACAUAGUCCAGUGGCUCUCAUCAUCUUCGGGGCUCAAGCCCGACCGCAGUCUCCAGAGCAACGGGCUGCUCACCACCCUCAGCCAGCACUACUUCCUGUUCCUGGGCACUCUUUCCUCACACCCGCACGGCGUCAAGAUGCUGGAGAAGUGCGGUGUCUUCCAGUGCCUGUUGAGCAUCUGUACACUGAAGAAUCAGGACCACCCCCUGAAGCUCACUGUGUCCACACUGGACUACAGCCGUGAUGGGCUGUCCAGGGUCAUCCUGUCCAAGAUCCUCACCGCUGCCACUGACAACUGCAGGUUGUAUGCCACUAAACACCUGCGGGUGCUGCUGCGCGCCAACGUGGAGUUCUUCAGUAAUUGGGGCAUCGAGCUCCUGGUCACCCAGCUCCACGACCGCAACAAGAGUAUCUCCAUGGAGGCGCUGGACAUACUGGAUGAGGCCUGCGAGGACAAGGCAAACCUCCAUGCUCUGAUCCAGAUGAAGCCAGCUCUCACACACCUGGGGGACAAGGGGGUCCUGCUGCUGCUACGGUUCUUGUCCAUUCCAAAGGGCUUCUCCUACCUCAAUGAGAGGGGCUACGUCACCAAGCAGCUAGAGAAAUGGCAGAAGGAGUAUAACCUGAAAUAUGUGGACAUGAUCGAGGAGCAGCUGAACGAGGCUCUCACCACGUACCGUAAACCUGUCGACGGAGACAACUAUGUACGUCGAAGCAACCAAAGGUUACAGAGGCCAAAUGUUUAUCUUCCUGUGCAUCUGUAUGGCCAGCUUGUCCAUGACAAGACAGGCUGCCAUCUACUGGAAGUCCAGAAUGUGGUUCCUGACCUAAGCUACACUGUUCGCUCCCCGAUGCUGGACAAGUGGGAGGGCAUUAAACAGCUUAAGGCAGCACUUUGGGCCUUGGGUAACAUAGGUUCGUCAAACUGGGGGUUGAACCUCCUGCAAGAGGAAGGGGUGAUCCCUGACAUAGUGGUUCUGGCUCUGCACUGUGAGGUUCUCUCCGUCAGAGGGACCUGUCUGUACGUGUUGGGGCUGAUCUCGAAGACGCGUCAGGGCUGUGACAUGCUGAAGCAGCACGGCUGGGACGCUGUGAGACACAGCCGCCGGACGUUGUGGCCCGUUGUCCCUGAUGACAUGGAGCCCCACCCCAACCCCCCCAGCCUGCUGUCCUCUGUCCCCUCCAGCCUCAGCCUCGCCUCUGACUCCACCAGCUCCAUGCACAACAGUGAGAGUGACUCCACACAGCCCAGUAUGUACAUCAUGGACGAUGAGAGGCUGGAGAACUGUGACCUGUCGGACGAUCCUCCUAUGUACAUGAGACCCAAGUACAAAGACCGCAGCCCCUUCACCCUCCUGGCCUCCAGCCGCUUCCGCAACCGCCUCCUCCACUCCCUGUCGCUGUCUGGGAAGAAGCUCCGCAGCAACAGCGACCCCAAGGGCAUUCCCAGGGGCCGCAGAGGAGGGGUGGAGGGGCAACAGGGGCGCAAACGCACCGUCACCGAGCCCAGCUACACCUUUGGAUCUUCAGACGUCUUCCCAAUCUAUAAUGACAGCCACCUGCCCAAAAGCCCCUCUGUCAACCUAGAAACUUCCUUUGUGGGCAGCAAGGCAUCUGAGAACCGGGGCAGCACCCCCAGCAUUGGGGAGGGGAGGUUGCCAGGCCGGUCAGUGGCGGUAGGAGGGUCAGGGGUGGGUGAGAACCAGAGAGAGCAGGCUAGCCGGGAGCGCCUAGUCGGGUAUGGCGGGGGGGCUCAGUUUAAAUCGCGCAGUCAGAGCUUCAACACGGACACGACCACCAGCGGCAUCAGCUCUAUGAGCUCCAGCCCCUCCAGGGAGACCCUGCCCUCCACCAUCGACACGGACGGUGUCAGCCUCAACAGUGUGAUCAGCGCCCAGACCAUCCAGACCCUGACCUCCCUCACCCCCCAGCCCCACACCGCCCAGCCCCACACCGCCCACCUCUCCUCCCUGUCCAAAUCCAGUUCUGCCUCCCUUGUGCCCCCUGGCUCCUCCCACACCCUUCCCCGCCGCGCCCAGUCCCUCAAGUCGCCCUCGUUGACCACCCUGAGCGGCCUAACGGACUGCAGCCUCAUGUACUCCAACUCCCGGGACGCGCUGGGCUACGCCACGCUGAAGUACGCAAGUUGUCGUGACACGUACGCCAGUCAGCGUGACGCGCUGGGCUACGCUACGCUGAAGAGGCUGCAGCAGCAGAGGAUCCACUCGUCCCUGUCCCACAGCGAGGCUCUGGCUUCCCCAGUCAAAGACAUGCUCUUCACCGAUACCAUCAACAUGAAGACUGGCAGCCUGGACUCCAGACUCACCCCAAGGAGGUUCCUGAAGGCUCUGAGUUUUGCCUCUCUGGAUAAGGAGGAUCUGCUGAGCCCCAUCAGCCAGACAACUCUACAGCGGUCCUCCUCAGUGAGAUCCAUGGUGUCCAGUGCCACCUAUGGCAGCUCUGAUGACUUCAUCGGCCUGGCACUGCCUGUGGACAUCAACAACAUGUUCCAGAUAAAAGAAACACCGUAUUUCCAGAAGAGAACCAGCCCGCCCUCUGAGGACAGAUCUGCCAAAUUCUUCUCUGGAGACUCAGAUGGUCCCAGCCCUCACUCCCGGCAUGCUGUGCUCCGCUCCCAGCUGAGCAUCACAGAGCUGAUGGGGGUGAGCCGUGCAGAGCAGCAGCAGCUACUGGGCUCAGAGGAGACUGGUCUACAGGAACACAACGACGAUAACUGCCUCUACUGCACUGGGCUGACUGUGCUUGGCUUCAGCGCAUCCGACAGCCACCCAGACUUGACGGAAGACCACCCUUUCUCGGAGUGGUGCAGUCCACCUGUGCAGAAUCACUUGGAGGUCAUGGCCCAAACCAAACUGUCAGGGGUGUCUGGGUGCAAUGAUGCUAUGUCCCAGGACUCCCCAGGAAGCACCCGCAGCACUGAACUGGUUUUGGGAGUGAAGUCCAUCCCAGAGGAUGCUCCGGCCGGCAGGGUUCUCCUCAGGAAGGAGGUCCUGCGUCUGGUGGUCAACCUCAGCUCCUCUGUGGGGACCAAAGGCCACGAGACUAACCUGCUAACGAUCAAGGAGAAGUUCCCCUAUGCAUUCGAUGACAUUUGUCUCUACUCUGAGGUGUCCUACCUGCUGGCCCACUGCAUGUUCCGUCUGUCGGCACGCCGCUUCAUCCAGGAGCUCUUCCAGGACGUGCCAUUUAUCCCGAUGUACGAAGAGGCAGAGAGCAUCCUCUCCAUGCCGCCAAAGAACGGACCGACCGACCCUCCUGCUGAGCCUUGAGUCAUCCUCUGUCUUCCCUCUCGCAGCCAGUCAAACCCUGAGUCACACACAGACACACAGACACACAAAACACACCCCCCCCCCAGUCAAAACCUGAGUCACCACUACUGAUCUACCAGUCACACCCCCGCCCAGUCAAACAGUCACCAACACUGCUCUUCCAGUCACACACCACCCCCCACCCCCCUGAACUUCGUAUCCCUUAACUUUCAGUCAAACCCCACCCCUGACUUGAGUCAACACUAACCACUGAACCACCCCCACAUCCUCCCUUAAUUCUCCAUACCAGAGUGCACUGUAUGUCCUCCUAGGAUUUGGACACAAAUGGAGAGAAGAGAAAAUGGAGAGAAGAAAUAUGCUCUUCCUAUUGACUUUAAGAUCUGAUGGAUGGAUAACCCAGGAUGAACAAACAUACAUGUUUUAUCUGACCAAAUGAUAACAGAUGAGCAUUUUAUUUUAUUUGUAUUUUUUUUUUUUUAAGCUCAUAUUUCGAAAUUCAUCACCAACUGAACUUGGAUCACAAUCACAUCCAAAAUGGCAUAAUACAAAAAUGUAAAACGGUCCAUCAUUUCUGAGGGCUUCCUCAGUUUUUCUAAGUAUAUGACUGCAGCCCAACCACUUAUAUGAAAUAACUUAGCGUGUUGUUUUUAGCUCAGCUUCUCCCAAAGUGGAUCCACUGACUUUGACUAAAACACUGAAGAGGACGGGUUCCUCUGCAUAACACUAAAACCUCUCCGCAUCUGGAGAGAGGACCGUGACGUUGUGAAUAUCCAUAUGUCUAUUCAUUGUACCUGAACCAAGAACAGUGAAGGAGAUUAGUGCUGAAAAGGCUUUUGGUAUUGCUCUAUUCAAUGACUGCAGAUAGAGGUAGGCUAGAUGAUCAGUCACUGGUCAGUCACAGCAUUCAUGCCAAGAACUGAACAACUACAUGUAGGAGUGAAAUCUACCAAAUGAUUGCCAUUGAACAUCGGUCUGUGUGUUUCAGCACAGAGGAGUUAUUUACGGUCAGUUAUUGAACUGAUGUUUGAAACCAAGGCUGCAUGCAUUAUUGUUUGUUACCCAGCUAUUUAAACCCUAAAGUAAAAGCACAGGGUUAGGACAUUAGAUUUGGUGCUCGUCAAGGUGAAAGAAGACACGUAGGUGACUGUACGGUAGUGUUUAUGUAGUCAUGUUAGCACAUGCUUGACUGCUCCUUUUUCUGCCGUGAAAUUCCCCAGAACAUGGUCCAUGAAAACGGUCACUACUUGAUGGCCAAGGAGAAUUGCUGCUUCAGUAUUGGGCAGAAGUCAUUUGCCAUUCCAGUCAGUUGCCAUUCCUUGGGAGAUGCUGUCUGCUUGUCCUCAUUCCGGUAAAACUGGAGAAUAAUGAAACUGGAGCAAACAUCUUUAAGUGGAGAGCAGGGCCUGCCGGAACAUGUGCAAUAAGAAAGAACACUGAUUUCAUUUGAAAACUCUGCCAAUGACAGCCACAUCUGUUAUCCAGGAAUCUAUCUACCUUUGUGAAUUGAUGAGGGUUUAAAACAUUUCAAUAUGGGAUUGUACUGGUGUUUUUUGCUAUGCAAGAUGAGUAAUGGGGUUUAAUGUUGUACUAUUUCAGCUUUUGUUAAAGUUUUGUUUAGGCAGCUGAAAUGACAUUGCCUUGUUUUUUGGAAUGCUCUGACAUGAGACAUGACUUUUUUUACUUCUAAUAUAAAUGAAAAGUAAAUCAUACUGGCCCUAAUUAUAGCUUAAUUAAUUGAUAAAUAUGUUGUGAAAAUGAUAAGCAACCAAUGUGAAGGCCACAAUCUACCUAUGCCUGUUGUAGAGAGAAGAGCCUGUCAAAAGCACCUGCUUGGUUUUAGAGUGCUGAGGUGGAGCUUGGGUGGUUUGGGUUAGCUGUUAGCUGUUGUGUUGUUUAGUAACUAUUUUAAAGAAAUGGUGGUUACCAUUGUGUUCGUUUCCAACCUGCCUUGAACAUUCACUUUGACUGACGAUGCUACUUCUACUGCUGCACUGUUUGUACUGACUCAUUCAACAACAUGCACUUAUAAUUGACUCAAUGGAAAUGUUUAGUCCUACUGUUUAUAAUGGUCUUGGUUAGUUAAGUGAUGAAGUGGUUAGAGAAAUGGACUGGUGAAAAGAGGAUUGGGGUGCAGUUCAAUUGCACUGAGCAAUCAAUAUUCCUCUGUAUAAAUGCACUGUGUUGAAAACAUAAGUCCUCUGCAAGUGGAGAAUUCUAUAGUUGCAGUCCAAUGUGCAUGUUUGAUCACUACUCUAAAUUAAAAAGAAAUGGGGACAUUUUAAUUUAGCAGAUUCCUCUAUUCCAUCGUAGAUCUUACUUUUGCAUUCAUUCUAAGCUCACCUUUUCAACUAAAUGCAAAUUCUAAAUAGAUAGAAUGUUACAUUUCAUAGAAGGUUUUAACAUUAAACAGAUGUUUCAGAUAGAUAUUGAAUAAGGUCAAUUAUUUGGGAACAUAGUUGUACAAGUUCUGUUAUGGACCAAAAAGCCAAACUGACUUAACUAGUUGGAAUUGUUCUCUAGCAAUUGGAACAGGAAGUAAUAAGUUCAAUAUUUAACUGCUGUGUGCAUUGAGACAUUUGAAAAAAUGUGCCCCUUAUUCUUAAUGUGUUGUAAGUUGACUUUUUCUGAGCCUCUCUAAAGCACUGUAUGGAGAUCUGAAAACAAAUCCUUUUAUAUACCUGUACCGUUUAGGAACAAAGAGACAAAGAUACGUCUUUCCUUAAGAGAAAACAUUUAACACUUAAGAAGCUGUAUGACUUUUUUUGCCCAAUUUGUGGUUUCUAUGUUUUUGGCAUUAUAUGGGCCAUUAGAAUAAAUCUUAAUAAAGGGAUGCAUAUUGAUAAUAAAAACAGACAUCAACUGCUCA